GGCCCAUCGUCUAUCCCACUGAUGGCUGAGGAGUCCGAAUCCCCGCUGGGUUCUUGGCAUCAUCUAUACGGAAUAGACCCUGGCAUGUUCGCGACACAACCCCUCCCUUAGUUGUAAUGCACUCGUGUCUCUUUCUCCAAUUGUCCCUCAUUCUGCGAGAUGCAUAAGUGUUUUGUCCCCCACAAGGACAUAUAAACGGGUGGUCUCCUGCUGAUAUCAGAUCCCACAUCAAUGGUGCCUUCACCACAAGAGCUCAACACCUUUUUAGCAUGGGUUCAGCAGCAUCCCAUUUUUCUACUCCCUCCCCUCCCUCCAACGACCUCAUUGUGGUUGGAAGCGGUGCGAGUGGAGUUGCAAUUCUUCUUCAGCUGAUUGAACGAGUCAAGAACGGGAAACCCCUGGGAGAUGUUAUUUUUGUGGAGAAGAAUGGCCUCCCCGGGCCUGGCCUGCCAUACUCGUCGCAGUGCGAAGGUACCAUCCUCAAUAUGCAUACGGACACGAUGGGAUUGUAUCAUGAUAAACCCCUCGAUUUUACUGAGUGGCGCACGGACCAAGAAAGUGGACCCUUCCCGUCUCGGGCGAGAUAUGGCCAAUAUCUCCAGGAAACGUGGGGACGGGCUUUGGAGGAAGCUCGACAUAUCGGACUGGGCGUUUCGGUGAUUCAUGAAGAGGCGCACGACAUUGAUCGACAGGCAGACGGUACAAUGGCGUUGACUCUCCGUAAUGGCACUCAAUUGACGGCGAAAUCUGUCGUCUUGGCGCUGGGAAACUUUACCUCGGUGUGCAACACGCAUCUCGUCAAUCUGCCCGGGUUCUUUCCCGGCCCGUGGCCGACAUCGCAGCUCAAGACAAUCCCGACUGACGCCUCUGUCCUCGUUGUCGGUUCACGACUGUCGGCUGUAGAUGCAGCUAUUUUCCUCUCGGAGCAUGGACAUCAGGGACCCAUUACCUUUAUGUCGCGCAGCGGCAGUCUGCCCAGAGUUCAGGGAGAAUCGACGCCGUUCCCUCGACGCUAUGCCUUGCAUGACCUUGCAAAGAAUAUUGAAGAGAGUUCCGAUGAGAACUUGCUGCAAGUAACGAGCACCUUGAUGGAGGAGAUCUUCCAUGCUACCAACGGCGACUGGACCUGGCUCCACAAUGAUGAAUCUCCUGUUAAACAGCUAGAGCACGAUAUUCAAGCCGCAAAGAGCGGCAACGUUGAAUGGCAGAAAGUGCUGCGAGGCACAGCUCCCGUUAUCGAGCGGUACUGGAACAGUCUACCUGCGAAAAGCCAACAGCUUUUCAUGGACAAGUUCUUCAGUCCCUGGAUGAGGUACCGCCAUGGAAUGCCGAUACAGAAUGCCGAAAAGAUACUCGGUCUCUUGAAGAAAGGACAGCUACGGGUGGCUCAAGGUGACCGAGUACAAUGGGACGGUAUAUUUAAAGCGCAGACCUCCAUCGGGCUUCUGGAAGCUCCCUAUGUCAUUGAGGCGACCGGACAGGAAUGCCAACUCGAUCGCAUCGAAUCACCCCUGAUUCAGUCCGCAGUGGGAAAGGGGCUCCUCAAACCUCAUCCUGCUGGCGGUGUAGCUGUCGACUUUGACAGCCUCCGUGCAUCAGAGGGCUUGCAUGUCAUCGGCUCUCUUACCCGAGGCACUCAUUUCUACGUGAGUGCUAUCGACCGCGUUGCUGCCCAUGCCGCCCGGAUCGCGGAUGCCGUAACGGAAGAGCCCAUCGCAAAUCCUCUACAUAUUGCCAUCUUCCUAGGAAGUGACCUCUUCUCGCAUCUCAUGGCCAGCACACUGGUCCCCCAGCUCCUCGCCGCCGGUCACACGCCAUUCAUCUUCCUCCCAGCACACAAAGCAAACCGCAAGACCACUCCGCCCUUCGAGCUCCGAGAACUGACAUUCUUCGAGCGAGAACUACUGCAAAAACACGUCAUCCCGUACUUUAAGAACGAAAAACCUGGCGGCGCACCACACAUGACAGUUGAGCAAAUGAAAGACGCCUAUGGGAUUGUCGUCCAGGAAGUGCCCAACGUCAACAGUGCGUCUUUUAUCAAGACUCUUCGAAAACACCAUAUCGACGUGGGUCUCUCGUUGCGCUGCUACCAGCGGUUCAAGACAGAUAUCAUCCGCUACUUCGACCGGCCAAGAAGGCUACUCAACCUACACCCAGGCGUCCUUCCCACUUAUCGUGGCGUCAUGACUACUGUCCGAGCUAUGAAGAACAGAGAAACACUUUUCGGGUACUCCCUGCAUGACAUCGACGAGAACUGGGACGAAGGGGAUCUUAUCGAUGUUCGUCACCAUCCUAUUGACUAUUCCAAAUCGAUGUUGCAUUUCAUGAACGAUGUGUAUAAAUUGGGGGCAAAGAUGGCAGCUGAUGUGUGUGAUAAUAUCGCCCGCGGAAAGGAGCUAUCCAAUGUUCCGCAAAAGGCUGAGGAGAGCAACUAUUAUACAUUCCCGACAAAGGAGGAUCUGGAGGGCUACCGUAAAGAUGGUAUCCGUCUAGUUGAUGCUGAAAGUAUCGUCAACGUUAUCGUGGAGUCGUUUGCGCCGCCGGAUAAGCAGGAGAAGUUCCGGGCGCACAUUGAUGAGGUCGUUCACGAAUGGUAUGAUAAGAAUAAACCGUGAAUCGGGCAUUGACCGUUCGUUGGCAUGUUCGAGUCAUGGGGUUUGGCGUCUUUGAUUUCGGUUGAGUUCUGCUAGUCGGAGUGUCAGGGUGAUGGUUUUAAACUUUAACAUAUACACGAGUCAAUGAUAACAUCUCCUAGUUUCCUUUUUCGCUAAUUGCCUUGCGAGUAGUUUAUUUUUAAGCUAGGAGGUUGAAUACAAU